UAAUUUGUGAGAGAAUAUGCAAAUUGCAGAAAAAAAAUAAUAAGUUUAGCAAUGGAAAGUAUCUGUUUAGAAGCAUGCAUUGUUGACAUGUAAAAACAAGUAAAAACAAUGGAAACGACAGUUGUAAAGAUUCGUCCGAUCAAGUUGAUAGCAGUAAUUUUUAGUUGUAUAACACUACUGUUAUUGAUAGUAGCAGUAGCAGAGCAGGAAUGGGUUGAGGUCAAGUUUCAUGACGAGGACCAAAAGUCCAGAUGGGGCCUGUGGACUCUUUGUACUAAAGGAGAAUGUAACUCCCUGGAAUAUGAAUGGAUAAAAGUAUCUGCAGCAUUCGUACUCAUAUCAGUUAUUCUGACUUUCGCUGGAACAGUGUGUGGAAUUCUGGGAUUGAAAGUUGUCAUUCCUUACAAUAAUCGUCUGUGGUAUUUGUCUGCAGGAGUGAUCAUGGCCUGUGUAGCUUUGUCAGACAUAUUGGCCCUGAUAAUAUACCCUGUGAAGUUUAAGGAGGAGAUAAUGGUACAUGAGGAUGUGAGACGUUGGGACUUUGACUGGACUUAUGGUUUUGGUUGGGGAGCAUUUAUCUUCUCAGCAGCAGCAUCUGUGUUUUUCUUCAUUCCAUCAGAAACAAAAGAAAUUUCGAGAAAGUCGUUUUCAUCUGAUAUUUGACAUUGUUUUUAAACAGUAACUGCAAUGCAUAAUUUCUGUGUAUAAAUGAUCUCAUGUUUUAAAGUAGUAGAUUUCAUGCAGAAUCUGUUUCUUUUUUGACAUUAUUCUCUAAUUUUUAUGCCCCACCUUUGUAGGGAGAUCUAAGACAUUGUUAGGCUUAGAUUUAAUUGGGUUAUAACAGAAAUGUUAACAUAGAAGAUAAAUAAUAUAUUAAUAUGAACAUUUGCCCUUUUGAUGUUAGUAAUACUAGAAAAAUAGAAAUAAAACUGAGAAACAAUAAAAAUUAUUACAGAACCUGUACUCAAUAAUUCUGCUUUAGUCCAGUGUAUAAUGUUAUCAUAUUUCAAAUUGACAAGAAUAUUGGAUGUAUUUUCACAAUUUAGAAUUUCCAAUCAGAAAAGAUAAGUGAUGUGUUUAAUGAGUCAGUAAUGAUUGUGAAAUACACUUUUUAAAAUGUCAAUUGAUGAUUUACUCUCUUUUAAAAAUAUUUAACCUUUGUUUAAAAGUUUACACAAUGGUGUAGUCACAUUUAUAAUACCAUAUACAAGUGCAAUAUGAAAAUGUACAUUAUAUACAUGUAUGCUGUAAACUGUCUGAUGUAGUGUUGUGUUAUAGUAUUUUUCUUGCCAUUGUUAUACCUGUUAACUUGUUGACUGUAUUAUCAAAUCAAAGGAAUGGUUUAUUUUUAACUAAAUUUUUAGUGUAUUUGUUACCAGUGUAAAGUGGUAAAUCAACCAUAGGAUGACAUAAGGAAACACAAUGUGUAAUUCCUUAUCAGACUGGAGUUACCUUUCCCUCAGAGAGGUCAUCCAUACAUGGUAACAUUCUUACACAGUUGUUUUGAUACCCAGAGAUUAUGGUAUUAAUAGAUCUGAUUUAAAUACUCCUACAUGUUAGAAUGAGUUGUCAAGUAAUUAUAUAUGUUCUGGACCAUAUGAGUAUUUGGACCGUAAACAUAUGGUCUGACAAUAUGAAUUUAUACUCAUUUGGAUAUUAACAGGGUGGACCAUAUGAGUAUUUAGACCAAAUAGGUAUUUAUUGAAUUAAUUCAAACUUCCUUAAGAGACACAGCUCAUUGUCACAAGUUAUUAAAUGAAAUCCUUUAUAUUUGUUUUGGACAUUUUUUUUUCUUAUUCCCCAGCGUUUAGGUUAGAUUUUCUUAAAAAUCUUCUAAUUUCAACUUAUUUUCACUUCACUGAUGUGUUCGAAUAUAUCAUACUCUUAUUCAUGCGAUCUUACAAUAACAGUGGUUUCUACAUAAGAAUAGAGGGACAGCACUAUAAACUACUGUAAUUGUAUAAAGAGGAGCAUAAACAAAUUUGAUAACUAAAAAUAAUUUGAAAUGUUUAAGAAAUUUUAGUUUACAAAAAAACAAAUUGAAACACCAAAAUAAAGAAAAAAAGGAGGGUUCAAUGCUCCAAUUAACUUAUUGCUUUACAGUUCUUUUAGUUAUUUUCUGAGUUGACAUAUUGUGUUUCGUAAAGACUAAUUAAUAAUGACCAUGCAAAAAUACUUCUACGAAAAAAUUUUAAAACUUGUGACUGUGCUAUCAUUCAUCUUAUUUUAUUAAUCAUGUUACAAUGAUUACCAAGUUAUUAUCUGAGUCUAAAUCUUAAUUUAUGAAAUCUUGAAGGGUUAUACCUUAUGCAAUUACUGUUCAACAUUCAUAGUAUUAAUUACCUGGACCAUACGUGUAUGGUUGGACUGUAUGAUUAUAUACGCAUAGGGUCAUGACCAUACAUGUAUGGUCAAAUACUCAUAUGGUCAAGAACAUAUAUAUAUCUGUGUUAAUUGUUACAUUGUUUGUUGUACAUGUUCCAUUGUUUGUCAGAGGUGGAUUUGUUUUGUUUUUUAGAGGGUGGGGGUGUUAAUGCAUAGACUUUUUACAAGGUCCACUCCAAUCAUUGUCUAGUCUGGGAGCCCAGGGCCCCUUGUUUGUUGUUACAUUACAUUGUUUUUUGUUAUUUUACAUUAAUUGUUGUUCUGUUACAUUGUUUGUUGUACAUUUGUUAGUAUAAGUACAGAGGAAACAUUGUUGUUUUGUAUUUGAUUGGGAUGAAAACUUACAUUUGAUUUCUGAAAAGAUUUUUUACAAUACCUAUGUAAAUAGAGUCAUCUGUGUUGUGAUAAUGAUCUUCCAUGUUGUGAUAAGAAUUACUGUGAUGUAUUUGUAAGAUUUAGUUCAUGUUGACACAUUCCAUAAAUGAUUGCAUAAUAUAUAACUGUUUAUAUACAAUGGCAAUGGUCGGAGAAUGUUAUAUUUAGUAUUAUUUACUGAAACCAGACUAGGGUUGAUUUAAUCUUUUUAGUUUUAAAUCUUGUAUAGAGGAUAUAACUUCCUUAGUAUAUGGGUAUAGAUAGGCAUUGAUGCCAUAAUAAGAAGCUUAUACAUUUUAGAAGUGGUCUCUUAAGUCAGUUCAGUCCCGGUUUAUUAGGUUUAUAAUGAAAAAUUUUAUAAUUAAACCAUUCCAAGUUUCGUAGGUAUUUUCCUCCAUACUAAUUACUUGUAUGCAUGUAAAUCUUUGGACUUUGUUCAAGUUUUUUUUAAAUGACAAUAUAUUCCUUAAACUUAUUUUACAUCAAUAAAGAGAUUUUGAUAAAUAUUUUGAUAGUCCCUUUUACUUAAAACUUGUUUUAUAGACAACUGUCUUUUUUUUGUUUGCUUUAUGUUGGAAAUCAAUUAACUAAAUUUAUACAUGAACUUUUCAUUAAGGAAAACAGUAGGUUUUUAAAACUUGCUCCGGUCACAGAAAGUAAAUAAUGUCACAGACUAAAUAAUUUUCUCAUGAUAUCAACUAAGGAAAUUUGAUGUUGAAUCAAAGUUCUAUAAUGGAAUAUCUCUUAAUUUCCUACCAAAAUCACCUUAAAACAGAAUAUUACAUGCAUAGUGAGGAUGAGAACACAGAAAUAAGAUAUGAAUUUAAACAUGCUAGGUUUUAAGGCAUCACCCUAUUAUUUGAGGUUUGAACUGUCAUCUAAUAUCACAAAAUAUUUAAGAGUAGAUUAAUUUCUGAAGAAAUGUAUAAAUUUCUGAGGGAGAUGAUUGUUUCCACUUAAUAUUAAGUAUCUAGUUCAUUUACUGUAAGUUAUAAUUUAGCUACCUUAGGACCUUUUAUAGCUUACCGUAUGAGUUUUACUCAUUGUUUAAGGCUGUAGGGCGAACUUCAGCUGUUUACAUCCACAACCUUUUGUCUCUAUUUAUAUACGGCCAUCUAAGACAGGACGUAUUGUAUGUAUACCAAUGUCCUUCCAUCCAUCUGUUAACAGUGACUUUGAUUGUCAGAUUAUAGUAAAUUUUUCACUUAUUAUACGCCCGUUUACAGGAGGUAUCAUGGUAUACCGUUGUCCGUCUGUCUGUCCAUCUGUCUGUCGUCAACAUGUCGGACAUUAACUCAAAAACGAUUUAACCAAUUUGCAUGAAACUUUGGUGAAUUAUUCAUAUCUAUUGAUGUGAGCUCCCUUUCGUUUUUUAUAAAUUUUGGAUUUUACAUUUCCUAGUUAUGGGGUUUUAUUCAUUAAAAAAAGGGGGAUUUUCCAGUUUUCGAACAAUAACUCAAAAAUACUUUCACCAAUUUGCAAGAAAUUUUGGUUUAUAUCUUUUGACAUGAGCUCCCUGUAGAUUUUUAUAAAUUUUAGAUUUUACGUUUCCAAGUUAUGAGGUUUUCUUCAUUAAAAAAGGGGGGAUUUUCCAUUUUUCGCACAAUAGCUCAAAAAUGCUUUCAGGAGUUCUCAUGAAACUUUGGUAAAUUGUUUAUAUCUGUUGUCUUUCGCUCCCAUUCGAUUUUUAGAUAUUUUCGAUUUUGAAUUUCUGAGUUAUGGAAUUUUAUUCAUAAAAAAGGGGUGUUUUCUAGUUUUCUGACAUUAUCUUUAAAGUGCUUUGGGCAGUUUUGAUUAAACUAUGGUGACUGAUUUAUAUCUAUUAAGAUAACCUCCCUUUAGUGUUUCAUAAAUUUCUGAUAUGACAUUGAGAAGUUAUUGAACUUUAUUCUUCGAAAAUGGGACGGGCGUAUCAUGCGUCAUGGCGCAGCCGUUUAUUGUACCAUAACGUGAGUUUGAUUGGAAUGAUUCUUUGGAAAAUUGGCAUAAUUGAUGGAAUCGGUGAACAUAACUAACCAUUUGAUUUAAAAAAUGGUAUCCUCAGGCAUGUCUUUCUACAGAACCAAUUUUAUUUGCUCAUGAUAAAGUAUCCCAUUUUAUUCUCGCAACAAUUUCAUAAUAAGGAUGUAUCAUGCACUCUUCAUGCAGCUGUUUAUUAUAUAUGUAUAACCAGCACAUCAGAAUUUGAAUAUCUUAAGACACAGCCCACAUGCACAGUUAAUUUUCUAUUUAUUAAAUUUGAUUAUUCUUGAUUGUAUUGUAUCAAAAGAAAUAUAUAUUUUUUCAUUGCUUACAAGGUUGGGGCUUUUAUUUAUAAUUUUAUUUGUAUUUUAUAUCAUCAAGUAUUCAUUUACACUUUAUUAAAAAUAUUUUUAAUAUACAGCAUAUAUAGCAUUAUUUAUAGGCAAUUAUUUAUGUAAAAAGUACAACGUAAUCAUAUUCCUUUUUAGCUCAACUAUAGGGCCAAGUGAGCUUUUCUCAUCACUUGGUGUCCGUCGUCCAUUGUAUUUCCUCAUCAUCGUUUUUUUGCCUAUUAUCUUGAAAACUAUAACAGAUAAACAGACACUUUGAACAGCAGAAAUGAUCAGCAAGGUACUCAUAUAAGUCAAGAUCUGAACUCGUCAGUCCAGUCCUUAUUGUAGUUCUUGUUUUUAAAGAAGAUUUUUACUAAUUAUUUGUGUUUUUUACCUAUUAUCUUGAAAACUAUAAAAGAUAUAUAGUUCGAAUCCCGGCAAGAUUUAACAUUGUUGUGCUGAUAUUUAGAGUAAUCAUGAAUAUAUAUAUAUAACAAAAGUGAUCAGCAAGACAAAAGAUAAAUAUAAGUCAAAUUUUGCUGAAAUCUUUAGUAUUUUUUUAAAGAUUUAUUUUUAGGAGUGAUUGCCCUUAAAUGAUGAUUUUUUUACCCUUUUUUAUGUAUGUGGCCAAAACUAAAGAAUUUAAACUGAAAAAAAUUAUCAGCAAUACGAGAUCAACAAUAAAGAGAGUUUUGUCAUCUAUUUCUUUCUAAUCUAUAAUGUUGGAGAGUGUCCAUUGUUGAAGAUGCACAUCAAGGUUAGUGACACAGGCUCUUUAGAGUCUCUAUUUGAUCAUUAAAGCAGUCAAAUAAAAAAGAAAUAAUCAAUUUUCAUUUAAUUUUAAAUUUCAGACUUUAGACCAGUUUACCACAUAUUUGUUUGAUGUGAUGUUUGUGAAGUUUCAUGUUAACCAGACAUAUGUAAAUGUUUGAAGUAGUUUAUGAUUUGAGUCAGUUUUGGUGUAGUCAUGUUUAUGGACUAGUAUACCAAUGUUGGUGGAUUUUGUUAUUGUUUUUUAUUUAGAAAGAAACAAAUGUAAUAAAGUGUUAUUGCUGUA